AUGAAAGAAAAAUCAAUCUUUAUAUAUGUGCUAAUAUAUAGAUUGAUUUAUUUCUGCGUCAAUGUGUAUGGGUGCAUAUCUAUCUAUCUAUCUAUCUAUCUAUCUAUCUAUCUGUUAAAGAAUGUUUAUAUCUAUCUACUACAGCGUAUUCAUAUCUAUCUAUCUAUCUAUCUAUCUAUCUAUCUAUCUAUCUAUCUAUCUGUUAACGAAUGUUUAUAUCUAUCUAUUACAGCAUAUUCAUAUCUAUCUAUCUAUCUAUCUAUCUAUCUAUCUAUCUAUCUAUCUAUCUAUCUGUUAACGAAUGUUUAUAUCUAUCUAUUACAGCAUAUUCAUAUCUAUCUAUCUAUCUAUCUAUCUAUCUAUCAAUUAAAGAAUGCUUAUAUCUAUCUAUUACAACAUAUUCAUAUCUAUCUAUCUAUCUAUCUAUCUAUCUAUCUAUCUAUCUAUCUAUCUAUCUAUCUAUCUAUCUCAUAUUCAUAUCUAUUCAUCUAUCUAUCUAUCUAUCUAUCUAUCUAUCUAUCUAUCUAUCUAUCUAUCUAUCUAUCAAUUAAAGAAUGCUUAUAUCUAUCUAUUACAACAUAUUCAUAUCUAUCUAUCUAUCUAUCUAUCUAUCUAUCUAUCUAUCUAUCUAUCUAUCUGUUAAAGAAUGUUUAUAUCUAUCUACUACAGCGUAUUCAUAUCUAUCUAUCUAUCUAUCUAUCUAUCUAUCUAUCUAUCUAUCUGUUAACGAAUGUUUAUAUCUAUCUAUUACAGCAUAUUCAUAUCUAUCUAUCUAUCUAUCUAUCUAUCUAUCUAUCUAUCUAUCUAUCUAUCUAUCUAUCUGUUAAAGAAUGUUUAUAUCUAUCUACUACAGCGUAUUCAUAUCUAUCUAUCUAUCUAUCUAUCUAUCUAUCUGUUAACGAAUGUUUAUAUCUAUCUAUUACAGCAUAUUCAUAUCUAUCUAUCUAUCAAUUAAAGAAUGCUUAUAUCUAUCUAUUACAACAUAUUCAUAUCUAUCUAUCUAUCUAUCUAUCUAUCUAUCUAUCUAUCUAUCUAUCUAUCUAUCUAUCUGUUAAAGAAUGUUUAUAUCUAUCUAUAACAACAUAUUCAUAUCUAUCUAUCUAUCUAUCUAUCUAUCUAUCUAUCUAUCUAUUAAAGAAUAUUCAUAUCUAUCUAUCUAUGAGAUUACUUUGUUUCUCAGGCGUACCUUUUCGUGUUCAUGUUUCUCUGGCAGUCCCUUCUCCUGUUCAUGUUUCUCAGGCAGUACCUUCUCGUGUUCAUGUUACUCUGGCAGUCCUUUCUCCUGUUCAUGUUUCUCUGGUAGAUACUGCUCCUGUUCAUGUUUCUCUGGUAGUCCCUUCAUCUGUUAAUGUUUCUCCGGCAGUCGCUUCUUUUGUCCAUGUUAAUCUUGCAGUCCCUUCUCAUGUUCAUGUUUCUCUGGUAGCCCCUUCUCCUGAUCAUGUUUCUCUGUAUUCCUUUCUCCUGUUCAUGUUUCUCAGGCGUACCUUUUCGUGUUCAUGUUACUCUGGCAGCCCCUUCUCCUGUUCAUGUUUCUCUAGUAGUCCCUUGAUUUGUUCAUGUUUCUCUGGCAGUCACUUCUACUGUUCAUGUCUCUCUAUGACUUCUCUUCUUCAUGUUUGUCUGGUAAUCCCUUCAUCUGUCCAUGUUUCUAUUGCAGUCCCUUAUCCUGUUCGCGUUUUUCUGGUAGCACCUUCUUCUGUUCAUGUUUCUCUGGUAGUCUCUUUUUUCUGUUCAUAUUUCGAUGGCGGUCCUUCCUAUUGUUAA